GUGACCGUCACUGUCACACUGAAUGUUUUGCUUUACUCCGUUCAAACUCUAUAUGGACAAGAAGGAACUAUGUGGUGCAAUACAAAUAUAACGUGGAAUGAAACAGUUCAACUGAUUAAUUCAUGUUUUUUAUACAGACAUGAUUUUUCUAAACAUUCUGCAAAUCUUGACUGUAGUGAACUUUGUUUUCUGUUUUUGUUCAGACCCACAAACUGCAAAGCCUGGAGAGAACGUCCCUCUUCACUGUCAUUGUGACGAAGAUUGUGUCAUCAGCCUAUUGGAGUGGAGCAGAGCUGAGCUGAAGUCAGAACAGUUCGUCCUCUAUUUCAGAAACAAGUUCCUUCAAAACUACCAGCUUCCAUCUUAUCGUGGUCGAGUGGAGCUGAUGGAUCCAGAGAUGAAGAACGGAAACGCUUCUGUGAUUCUGAAGAACGUCACCAUCAACGACACCGGAACAUACGAGUGUCGAAUUGGAGGAAAAAAAACAAGACGCCCAAAGAGAAACACACCCGAAGUCAUGAACACCAUCAAGCUGAAGGUUACAGAAGCAGGACCAGAACCAGGACCAGAAGCAGGAGCAGGACCAGGAGCAGGACCAGGAGCAGGAGGAGGAGGAGGACAUUUGGGACUGUCAGUUGCACUGGUCUUCUGUGGGGUGAUUGUCGUCGGUUUGUUGGGCUUCACAGUACGUAAGAAAUUUAUGAGGAAGAAUUCAGAGCAGCCUGCUGCUGUUGCAGCUGGUGAACAAGACCCGCUGGAAAACUCAAAUUCAAAGAAAGACGAGUGCCACUUAAAUAUCCCUCUGAAUGAAAUCUAAGACCAACUCACAAUAACCAAAAUGGACGGAAAAAAAUGUGAGCCUGUUUCAGAUGUCACUGAAUUAGAGAAUAUCAGGAGGGUCAAUGGUUACUGCACCAGUGCGUGCAUUCCACCUCAUACUGUCCCUAAUAUAUUUAUCUUAGGAUAUAUAUUAUAUAUAUGAAUUAUUACUGCUAAUAAUAAGACUUAGUACAGAAUAUUAAACAGCAAGAGGAAAGAUAUGAAUAUGUUGUAUCCACUAUAGAUCCAAUAUAUUCAGUAUAUAAUGCAGUAAACAGGCUCACACAGUAUCUAGAAGUACACUCACAUAUAAACAAGCCUGCAUUGAUCAUUCCAACAGUCAAAGUCAGCAAUCAUUAGAACAGGAGUGAAUUCUGUUGUUGACUUUCAAAAGGCCUUUGCUUUGAUAAAUAGAGAUACACAAAUGUAUGGAAGAAGGCGUUGCCUGGUUUCACUCCAAAAGGUCAGUCAAACCAUCAGUAAAUACAAUAUUGAUCUCAACUGGGCAACUGGGCAACUAUGAAAGGCUGGUUUAUACAUUAUAAGUACAAGGUUUAUAAAGUAAUCCAGACCUUGUUUCUCAGUUGCCUGCGUUGAGAUCAAUAAUAUGUUUACUGAUGGUUUGAUUCACCUUUUGCAGUAAAGCAGGUGAAACUGUAAUUUUUGUGUAUGAAUUAGCUCAUUAAUGCAAAUGCGUGCUCAAUACUCAAUAAGCUAAGUGUCAUUAUACGCUGAUGAUACUGUUUUACUCACUGAGUGUGAUUUAUAGCAGCUAAAUGCAAAUUUCCACUUUGUCAUACAGGCACCAAUUAAGAGUCCAUCGAUAUAAAAAGCAGCUUAAAAUGAACCAGUAAUAUUAAUUAUAUGAGUGAAUGUCGAGCACUACCAGGGCACACUGGUGACAUCACUGCUGUGAAACUCAGCAUGGAGUUCAGUGUCGGCUUAGCAAAGUAAUGUAGUGCUCCAGGAAUGAUCCCUAAAACCUGGGAAUGAGUGAGCAUAGGGCUGGGUGAUAUGACCAAAAUCUCAUAUCCCGAUAACAAUACUUUUUGGUGAUUUUGGUGAGAUGUGUGAAAAAAGGUCUGUGAUCAACACAAGCUGAAGAGACUUUCAUGUUUUGUUCCACGACAUAAAAUACAUCAGUAAAUACCUUACUGUGAGUUUAGAAGCUUUAAUGUGUCUUAUAAAACAUCAAUCAAUCAAUCAAUCAAUUUUAUUUAUAAAGCCCAAUAUCACAAAUCACAAUUUGCCUCACAGGGCUUUACAGCAUACGACAUCCCUCUGUCCUUAUGACCAUGCUAACGAGUGGCUAAAUGAGACUACAGAACGUCAUCAAGCCAAACACAGCUUUACAGUCUUGUUAAGGUGGCAACAUCAAGUCAUGCAACCGUAGUGUAGUUUGUUCAUAGCCUAACAUCAGCCCUUUACUUCUGGUGACUGCAUUUAGGCUUCAGAAAUCAUAAAGUGGAAUUCAUUAGUGACGAUUAUCUCGCUUAAGUAUCAUGUGAGUAUCAUAAACGUUUGUUUGUUACAGAGUUUAUUUUCUGCAAUAAUCCAAAAUCUCAUGGGAAAAAAACCCCACUUGCUUUUUUUAGAGGGAACCAGUGCACGCUAAGAGAAAAACUUCAACACUGGAUGGACGAUCGGGCUAGGUGUAGGGCGACUCAGUGCACGAACCUAGUUGUAUUCCAUACAAGAAAGUGCUUCAUAUAAGAUGGUAAAAGAUUAAACCCUCGGCCUUCAGCUGCCGUAUAUUAUGGAACAUGGCUGACGGGGGAGAAUCUCCGUCCAAGAGGGGAACAGAUUGGAACAAGUCUCAAAAAGUGAGAUCUUAAAUGUCCGCUAAUUUCAUGUAGCUCUGGUAUUUAACCCCAGGUAAAAGAGCUAAUUAAUCCAGGACUGUUUCUGAAGUGUAAAUACUCAGGUUUGGUGAUGUUGUGUCUUUUUCCUCUCAGUCCACUCAGUCUGGACGCCGUACUGAGCAGCACUGAACACCCAGUGUUCUCAAUAGACUCUUAAUCUGAUAACUAAAUCAGUAAGUAAUUUGGCACCUGAAACAUCAGACGUCUUAAACAUUCCAAAAAUGAUGAAUAAAUCCAUCUGACAAACCCAGAUGUUGCAAAAAUAGAGUCUCCAUGUUGUGAAAAUGCAGGAAUCAAUCCAUCAGAUAUUCAUUUCAGACAGGUUGAUUAUGUUAAGAUAUCUGCAUCCAAUAACCAUAAAUCAGUGGCCAUGUUUAAAAAUAAAAAUGGCAGCCAUGUUGGAUUUUUGGUAAAUUUCUUAAUGUGCAGUUUAAAGAUGAAUCACAGGCUGCAUUUCAUGCUCAUAUCUCCAUCUUAACAAUUUUGCAAGACUGUGUGACAAUAUGUUAAUGAAUCUUAAUUUGUGUUGUUAUUGAUAUUAAACCAGAGCAGAGCACAGAUGAGGUCAGUAAGAGGGCCACACACAGAAUUAGUUUUGGCUCUGUCUCUUUUGAACAUGUUGAAAAACUCAUUAUGUAAGAGAUUUAUUUUUUAUGAGUAUUUUUGUUACAGUAUUGUGGUGUACAGGAGAUCUCAGUUUGUUAAUGUGUCUAAGUGAAUGUUGUUUCCAAACCUUUGAAAAGAAGCUGAAAUGUACUUUUAAAUUAGUUUUAGCUCUUCAGCACUAAGUAGUGCUGUGACCAGCUCACUCUCUGUCCACUGUUGGCACUUUUACUUUAAUAUUUGCACUGUAUAAAACUGCAGCUACAAAUGUUAAUGCACUCAGUUUAUUAUGUGUGAUUAUAAUUACUGAUCAAUUCAGCAUGAUUUUAACCUGGUUAUAUACUGUUGACUUGUUUAAUCAGUGUCAGUGAACACAUGAUAUUAAACUGUUUGUCUUUCAAAUGUUUGCUUAAUAAAGGAUAAACCUGA